AUGCUCCUGGAUGAAGGCGCCAGCAUUGAGGGAAUUACUCUCGAGGAUGGUGUUGGCAACCACAGUGUUCUUCAUACAGCCGUGUUGAAGGAGGGCAGUGGUGGGGGAGUCGACAUGAUCAAGCUCCUUUGCCAACGGGGAGCAGAUAUCGCGCGCCUGACAUCUAGCAGACAUUCCUGUUUGCACUUGGCUUUUCAGACGGGGAAUUGCACUACCAUCCGUGAAGUCCAGAAGCAGAUGAAGAUUAGCGGCCAGGACUUGAAUGACUUGCUCUCCUAUGAGGACGACUUCACCUCGACGGAGCGAGUGGAGACUCCGUUGGAGUUGGGCAUCAAGCUCGGACGGUUGCAUAAGGAAGGUCUCGCCUUGCUUGCCCCCGUCCACCUCAGCAGCCUGAGGGUCUUCAUCCACCACGCUCCCGAGUGCAUCCCAAUAUUCAUGCAUCGUCUCACGUCUCAACGUGACUCUGGCGAAGACCUGGUUGAAGACCUUGUCGACAACUUGCCACCUGGCGACAUUGCCACCAUGAUCCUGCACUACCCAGAGGCGGCUUCAGCGCUAUUCAACACAUUUACAACCAGUCCUCAGGUGAGCGACGAGAGGUUUCACCCGCUGCCGCGCCGGAUGUCCUUUGCGAAACGUUCCACUUUGACAAGGCUUUUGACUUGGUGUUGCGGCAUUCCUCCCUUCGUUUGCUUCUAUACGGAUGACUCUGCAUGGCGUUUUGAUGAUGCGCGCUUUGAAGCCCCGGCAUGGCAUCAGCAGAUCACUGACAACAAGCGUGCACCGUAUUGUGACGCCCAAAUCAAGGUUUGUCGCUUUCCAAACAUCAUCUCACCAAAGGUAUUCGCCCCGCUUGUUCGGAGUGCAGAACAAGCCCUAUUUCUUCAUCAGACAAUGCCAAUCCGCGCUGCAGUGUCGUACACUUUCUGGAAUGGCGCCAUCUGGAUGGAAGGCACCCAGUUCCUGCUCGCAUUCUGGGGAUUGGUCCUUCUGAUCAUGCAGACCCUCCUCGAGCACGAAGGGGCCGUAGGAAAAGACGCCGCGUAUUUUGAUUCGCAGAUGAACGAAGGAGUAUUUGACCCCAGUUUCGUGGCCGAGAGCCAGAGGAACGGAAUUGAUGCAGACUGGAUCAUUGCAAAAGGCAUCGUCGACCUAAUGUUAGAGCUCGCGCAGGUGUGGGGGUGCAAAUUGGCAGGAGAGUUGCGCAGCUAUGCCAACUUCGGCAACGCGUGGGAUUUGAUGCGCAGCAUCAUUCCGGUCAUGCUGCUGUUUUUUCACGAAAGCCGCUGGCUGCAUCUCUUUGUUGUGCUGAUCUAUUGGGCGCGGCUCAUGGAGGGUUUGAGCCUCUCCGAGACAAUGGGACACGCGUUGGUGCCACUGCAGAGGCUCGCCAAGGGCUUGUUGCCUGCGAUGAUCUUCAGCAUGCUUUCUUUCGGCGCGCUGACUCAUGCCAUGUACGCUGUGCAGCUAGAAGCGGUGAGACUAUGGCCGAACACACUUUUCCUUACUUUCAGCCGAUUCAUAGCACAGAGCCUGCCAGAAGACUCUCCUAGCGACACUCUCGAGCUGUUAGUCCUGAGCGGGGGGACACUCUUCUUUUCCGUCUUUGUUCUCAACAUCUUCGUGGGCGUCAUCAAUGAGCUCUAUGAGCAAGAGAAUGCUUGUGCUGAACUGAGCUUCGCCAACCUCAGAGCCUCCUCAUGCUUGACGUUCUUAUUCCGAGUUCGCGUGCUGCCCUGCGUUUUUGUUGACCGCACAACCGGUGUAGGUGUGGCAUGUGGGUGCAUGGUUUUGCUCUUGGUCAUGCAGGUGCUGGCACUGGCCAGGGGAGUGCACUUGCCGGGUAAUUGGCAGUUCGUCGCCACGCUAGCCUGUCAGCUGAUUCUUUCCAUAGCUUCACUGCAGUGCAAAGAAAGUGCGGAUGAUUGGCCCACCUUCGACGUCUUCAGACAGCAGCGUCCCCAAGGCGGCUACAGCCCGGCAGGCAGCCAAGGAGCUGAGCUUGGCAGGAGGAAACUUGACUGCCUUUGGCCCAGGUCUACGCUCAGGAGUCAACGGAUCAAGUACUUGCCAGGGGUGCUGUAG